GCCGCACCGGUUGCGUUGCGGUCGUUUCUAUUUACCGGUUCGAUAUGAAAAGAAACAAGAUCAUUGCAGUGAAAUACUCUUUGACUCAAAGUGACUUGUUAAAUAAUUACUUGUAAAACGAUAAUAUUUGUGAUAUGGCACAACUUUAUCUUUACCCAUAUAACAAGAUAUCUUUUAGUUAAUACAAGAUAUGAAUUGAGUUUGAGCAUCGAUGCAAACAUUACAAUGAGGCACGCAAAGAAAUUGGUUUUAUUUACAUUGUUUGCAAUGAACUUGAUUGAACAGCCGGCUCCGGAAGUUACCAUAGAGCAAGGGACUUUGAGCGGUAAAAUCAAUACAGAAGGAACGGUUUUCGAAUACAUUGGCAUACCGUAUGCGGUAGUUAAUAUUACAAAUCGUUUUCAAGCCCCUCUACCUCCACCGACAUGGAAAGGCGUUUAUCAAGCAGUAGAUGAAAUAUACUCGUGUCCGCAGGCUACAAAAUAUGGCGUAAUGGGAACAGAAGACUGCUUACGAGCUAACGUUUACGUUCCUGUCGGAGCACAAGGUCCACUUCCAGUUAUGGUAUUCAUACAUGGCGGGGCGUUUAUUUUUGGAAGUGGCGGAAAACUUUUAUAUGGACCAGAAUUUCUUGUAAAACAUAAUGUUAUUUUAGUGACAUUUAAUUAUAGACUUGGUGCUCUUGGUUUCAUAUGUUUAGGCAUUAAAGAAGCACCCGGGAAUGCUGGACUGAAAGAUCAAAUAGCAGCUUUAAGAUGGAUAAAGAAGAACAUAGCUGCAUUUGGCGGAGAUCCGGAUAAUAUAACAAUUUUUGGUGAAAGCGCUGGUGCAGCUUCCACAUCUAUAUUACUAGCCAGUGAAGCUACAGAUGGUUUAUUUAAUAGAGCUAUUGUACAAAGUGGUUCAUCCAUUACUAAUUGGGCUAUAAAUAAAAACCCGGUUUGGGUUGCUAGUCUGCUGACCAAAGAACUAGGCUACGAUACAAAAGACCCUCAUGAAAUAUAUAACAUACUAUCAAAACUUCCAUAUAAAGAACUUAUAGCUCUAAAACCUAUAAAGCCAUUGGGAUUAUACUUUGAUACAGAAUUAUUACAUAUACCAUGUAUCGAAAAACCGUUACCAGGUGUAGAACCUGUUCUAACAGAUCUCCCUUAUAAUUUGCUAUCGAAGAAACCCAAGAACGUAUCUGUGAUAUAUGGAUCAAAUAAUAAGGAAGGUUAUUUCUUAGUUGCAAGAGAAACACCAGAAACGCUUGUUAAAAAAAACAGUCAUUAUCUAUUCGCUUCUGAUUUAGAAUUUGAUAAUGAAGAUAUAGCUGCCAAAGAAGCGAAGAAAGUGAAGGAAUUUUAUUUUGGUACGAAAGGUAUAAAUCAAGGAACUAUUAUGAAAUUGGUUGAUGUGUACACUCACCUUUAUUUUGAAAUGCCGACUUUAUUAGAGACUGAUCUAAUGGUUGCUGCUAAUAAUACAAUAGUAUAUAAUUAUUAUUUUGAAUACAGUGGAAGCAGAAAUGUUCUGAAGUCUCGUACCACUUUUAAAGAUGAUGACGGGGCUUGUCAUGCUGACGAACUCUUUUAUCUAUUUAAUUCAAGGAUAUGGCCGUUUUCAGUCAAUCGAAGAGAUAAAAAGAUAGUUGAUUGGAUUACAAAAUUGUGGACAAAUUUUGCUAAAUACGGACACCCCACGCCGGAUUUCCAAUCAGAUUUGCCCGUAAGAUGGAUACCUAGCAAUCGGGAAAACAAAAAUUUUUUGUACAUAAACGACGAGUUGAAAAUGGGCUCUUUACCAAAUGUAGCCUCUUACAACUUAUGGAAAUAUAUGUACAAUAAUUAUAGAAGAACUAACUUGAGUAGUUAUUUUUAAAUAAAAACAUGAAAUUACAA